UCAGCCUGAAGUGGAGAUUGGUCAUCUGUGACAUCCAAAGGAUCUGCUGUGAGUGCCAUUUCCCACCCUUCUCUCUUCAGGACUCCCACCCUCUUGUCAUCCCUCCAUUGGGACAUCUCGCCAUCAUCAGCAUGCCUACAGCUUGCACAAGGUGCACCUUGGGAGUCUGACCCACCAUGUGCAGAUGGACGCCGUCCGUAGCUCAUCUCCGUCCUGAACCUGCCCUUGGCACCACCACUAUCGCAGCCUCUGCCGGGCGACCUCUCCCCUUACCCAGCGCAGCCUCCCUUUGCCUGGCAUGCUUCACCCUGCUCCUGGUCACGGCUGGCACCGCCACAGGGGCCUGUCCUCCUGGGGUUGGACAUGAACCCCUGCAGGUGCUGGCGAGUGGCAUCAACUGUUCAUGGACGUUGGAAAGGCACACUCGCAGUUACAAUCACCUAGAGGGCGACGUCCGACUACGGCGACUUUACUCCGCCAACAAGUUCUUCCUCUGCAUUGACAAAACAGGCAAGGUGGACGGCACUCGGCGGAAAAACUACGCAGACAGCCUGAUGGAAAUCCGAUCUGUCAGUGUGGGAGUUGUUGCCAUCAAAUCUGUCAGCACCGGGCUGUACUUAGCUAUGUCCAAGAAAGGCACGCUCUUUGGAUCGGUGAAGUACAACCCGAGCUGCAAGUUCAAGGAGCGCAUUGAGGAGAACGGCUACAACACGUACGCCUCCCUCCGUUGGAAGCACGGUGGGAGGCAGAUGUUUGUUUCGCUGAAUGGGCGGGGAAAGCCACGGCGAGGCCACAAGGCUCGUCGAAGACACCCGUCUACUCAUUUCCUGCCCAUGCUCCCCUCCUAGCUGCCCAAGCCUGAACUCUGACCGGCGACUGGCCGGCUCACCUGCCUCCUCACACUAGUGUUGAUCUAGCCAUGACGGCAAUCUUUAUUUUUAUUACUCCAUCCUCCUGUCACAUAAAUGUACAUUUGUUGAGGGUUGUAACAUUUGUAGAGUUAGUAUAAUAUGUACGUUUAAGUUAUUUUCUCCAUUUUCUAAUGAUGUUCAAUAAUACAGUAAAUAUACAGUAGAAUUAUACUCCAGCCAUCUGUCUGGCCACAGUAUCUGUCUGUGUGCCUGAACUGCAUGUAAAGCGAUGUUUGGGUGACUUUAAGAGGCUAUAAGAGGGCUGAAAAGGGACAGCAAGGCUAAGAAACAACAAAAUACGGCUCACUGGUUUGUUAUUUAGCCUAUUUUUUUUGAUGCUCAGCUAAAUAAGAACAAAAGCAUCACGUACAGCAAAAAUUAUAUUUUCAAGCUUCACUAUUAAAACAAAAAUAAGCAACUUUGAAAUAACUACAAGCCAGGGCCACAGCUCCGACUGAGGACGUUGAUGUUCUCUGUAUUUCUGGUUGACUUUUAGGUGG